AUGGCAAGAACAGCUUUCGCUGGUUGCAAUGGGCACUCGGACGACGGCCAUGGCCAUGAGGGUCCAGCGCUCAGCCCAGAGCGCAGCAGGAGAAGCACAGAGGGCUCAGCCUUCCUUCACGCGCACAUGUGGAGGAACCAAAACACCAGUGGCCAAACCUAUGCCCAGGAGCAAGCUGCAUCGGUCGAGGAGGACGUGACAGAUGUAGAAGGAUAUUUAUUCAAAAGCGCAUCGCGCCCACCAUACUACCCGCAAGACGACUGUAUGGCCUCUCCCUCGGACAGCCGCCAUCAGACGCGAUCCGUAUAUCUGACGCUCAUGAUGGAGGCAGGCGGAUCAUGGUUCCUAGUUGCCUUGCAUUUGUUCAUGUCAUCCAAUACUCACUUCCCCUCUCGCAUGUCUCUUAUCUCAUUCUUGUUCUUUCUCCUCAUCGCUUUUUCUCCUUCGCACCAUGUACGGCUCACAAUGGUCAUUGACAGAUCUCCCGGAACACAGGAUAACGGAGUGUUGCCGAGAAGCCGCCAAGAGUCUUUCUUCAUCAUAAACGGACACGGCUCGAACACCGGCGCGUCGGGAGAGUUAGCUCAGAGGAUUACUUCCGCCGGCAGCGGCCAAAGAUUCAACGCUGCGGUCAGGUCGGUCGACUCCGCAGUGGAGCAUCCGCGCACAGACAGGCUUACAGCUAUCAGCGCCGCCUCGUACGAAGGUCUACCUGCCGUCAACGCUAUGCGUUUUGUUGAACGGCCCUCGGACCUAAAGGGCAAGAUGCCAUGA